CGUGAAUCACACAUGACGUCAGAGUCGUGUGUCUGAUGAAAACAAGGAAACGCGGCGUGCAAGUAGAUCAUAUGGACAAUUCUGACUGAGAAUGGACCCAAGACAUAAAACCAUCCUUCAGCGCAACAGAACAAACCUUGUUCAGGACUUGAACCCUUCAAACCUUUACGAUGGGCUUCUAAGCAGGGGAGUCUUCACCCAAGAUAUGAUAGAUGAGAUAAAGAGUUCAGGGACAAGGAGGGACCAGGCCAGGCAGCUAGUCCGGGACCUGGAGACGCGUGGGAGCAGCGCAUUCCCAGCCUUCCUGGACUGUCUCCGUGAGGGUGGCUACGACAGUUUAGCACUUGUACUCAACAGUGGAGAGCCAGUUCGCCAGCCCAUGCCAACCCCACUGACCCCAACCAUCAGACCGCUGCCAGUGUGUCCAAUUGAUGUCAGAAAGCCAGGUACCACUGAUGUCAGAACGCCAGAACCAGUUCCUUGUACCCCUCCUAAAGAAGUGCCUUUCUAUCCUAGACCCACUGAAAUAGACCUUCGCAGCCCAUCUCCAGAUAAGGAGGGCUUCAAACCAAGGCAGGGCAGAACGAGACGAGAUAGCAUUCAGAACUACAAGAUGGAUGCGACCCCCUGUGGACUCUGUCUCAUCAUAAACAAUGUGGAGUUUGAACAGUACUCAGAGCUGAAGAACCGCAAAGGGUCAGACGUGGACUGUGAAAAGCUGGAGAGGCGAUUCAAGUCCCUCAACUUCAGUGUUGAUGUCAAACGAAACUUGAAGUAUAAGCAAAUAAGGCAGGAGUUGUCAGCAUUGUCAAAGAAGGACCAUUCUGCCUAUGACUGCUGUGUGGUCGUCAUUCUCUCACAUGGCACAGAGGCCACUCACAGCCGAUUUCCUGGUGCGGUGUACGGUGUGGACGGCACCGCGGUGUCUGUUCAGAUCAUGACCAACUACCUGAACGGGCAGCACUGCCCCUCGCUGCAGGGCAAGCCCAAGCUCUUCUUCCUUCAGGCAUGCGGAGGAGGUGAGAAGGACACUGGAUUUGAGGUGUCACCUGACGAGGCGCAGCCUUCCGUGGGCGGAGCAGAGGACGAGAUGGACGCCAUCCCCACCUCCUCCAGCAGUGACUCGCUCAGCCAGAUGUCCGAUGAAACAGACGCCAGGGCCACUCUGCCCACACCCAGCGACAUCCUAGUGUCCUACUCAACUUUCCCAGGCUAUGUGUCUUGGAGGGACACCCAGGCUGGCUCCUGGUAUGUGGAGACUCUGGAUCGAGUUCUGGAGCAGAAUGCUACCACUGAUGAUCUUGUGACUAUGCUGAUGAUGGUCAACAAUGAAGUCUCGCAGAUUUCAGCUAAAGGCUUGUAUAAGCAGAUGCCGGGGUCUUUUAACUUCCUGCGAAAGCUUCUUUAUUUCAAAACUGCAUAGUCACACCAUGGCACGAUCCAUAAGACCAGCAUGUUCUUCUCAGGACAUAUAAAAUCAAAAAUCUUGAACACUUCAGGGAGUAUGUAAGUUUGUUGAUGAAACCUUUUAUGCUCUGUGUUUUUACUACUGUGGGACUCUGACAAUCAGUUGUGCUGUUGUUUACUGAAUGUGUACUGUAUAAUGUGUACUUUUAUGAGAUUUAUAGUAAUAGCCUAUUGAUACAUUUUUAUGUCAAGGUUUUUACCUGUUAAAGGUAAUUGUAAAAUGUGAGGAUAUGUGUUUUUUUUCCCCCAAGAUGCACUGUCACUGUUUUUUAACUAUCACAAUAAAUUAAUUGUCACAUGGAGGUCCAGUUUAUUGUCUUCUUUUAAGGUUAGGCCACCUUCCUAGCCUUCUGGUUAACACUGAAGUAGCAAACUCAUAUGGCCUGACAGUGGUUACAAAAAUUGUGUUUCAAAAAUACAGUGUACGGAUUACGGUAGCCUUGUUAGUUAUCCUCUGAACAUUUUUACAUUUUCAAAGUUGUUCGAAACACCCUGAUAUUUUGAUUUUAUUUGCAGACCACCUUGUGUGCUACUGUGAUGAAUUAGGUAUUAUUCUGGUUUUGUUUGAUUGUUGUUGUACCCCCUGAUUCAACCCAAUGUGAUUCCAUACCAUACAGUAGGUGGCGAUACAUCCCCAUGUAUUGAGUAUUUCCCCUCCAAAAAAGGGGAAAAAGAUGGUGAAGCUGGAAACAAUGGGGUGCAAAAUGGUUACAGAAACGACCAAAAUUAAAGAAGCCUACUGCUUUGACGUA